UAUGGCCCAGUUGAGAAAGGUGGUGCGGCGAACGAGUACAGAACCAUACAUACUCACUUAACCGCAGCGCUACCUUGAGAAAUCGGCCGUGUUCUCGCUGCAAAAGCGUUGUCAAACAUCACGACACUUCAAGAUAUCUGUAUUUGUUCUCGCAUUCUGAACCUUUUUUUUAGUGCUCAGAUGACGUGUGGACUCAGAUGAUAGCUGAAGUGGUGUGUCUGUUCUAUCUCAUCAAUGGCUACCAUCUCUUGGUUUUGGUAGAAAUUCAACUUGUCUUGGGACUAUGCUAGCAGCCAAUAUGCCUGAGUGUACGCCAUCCACAACUGCAUCUGUAGAAAACUCUGAAAUUCGCGAGGAAGAUAAGAAAUUUACGGUGUACAAAGUUGCCAUUUCUUCAGACAAUGAUUCAUGGUUUGUUUUCCGCCGCUACAAUGAAUUUUAUAAACUCUUUGAUAUACUUCGCAAACAGGUUCCUGGACUCCAGUUGAAGCUGCCUGGCAAAAAGCUAUUUGGGAAUAAUUUGGAUCCUCAAUUUAUUGCUUCUCGACAAGAAGGUCUUGACACGUUCUUACAGCAACUUAUGCAAGACAAAAAGCUUCUUGAAAUACCCGAAGUAAGAGCUUUCCUUCAGCUUGAUCGACGCAAGUUGAGUUCGGAAGGAGAUGUAGAGCUGGAAGAUAACAGUGAGGGAAUUGAUGCUCUAGAAAAAAUGAACAAACUUAACCUAGGACCUUCAGAACGCCUUUAUGCAAAGCCUAAAGAUUUUGAAUUCCUGCGAGUGAUUGGAAAGGGUAGCUAUGGAAAAGUACUCUUAGCUCGCCACUGUUCUGAGGGAAAAUACUAUGCAAUAAAGAUCCUCAGUAAAAGAGUGAUCUUGCGCAAAAAUGAAGUCCGCCACGUCAUGGCUGAAAGAGAUAUAUUGCUAAAAAAUGUCCACCAUCCUUUUCUUGUUGGGCUCCAUUACUCCUUCCAAACAUCUGACAAAUUAUAUUUUGUCAUGGAUUAUGUUAAUGGUGGAGAGCUCUUCUUUCACUUGCAACGUGAACGAACUUUUCCUGAAAGCAGAGCAAGAUUUUACGCUGGUGAAAUUUCUUUAGCUCUUGGAUACCUUCAUUCUUUAAAUGUUGUAUACCGAGAUCUAAAACCAGAAAACAUCCUUCUUGAUUGUCAAGGUCACAUUGUUUUGACAGAUUUUGGUUUAUCCAAGGAAAUUGGUGACCUCAUGGGUGUAGAAACAACCCAUACCUUUUGUGGAACUCCAGAAUACUUAGCUCCUGAAAUCAUUAGAAAAGAGCCAUAUGGAAGAGCUGUGGAUUGGUGGUGCUUGGGUGCUGUUCUAUAUGAAAUGCUGUAUGGACUUCCUCCAUUUUACAGCCGCAAUACUUCUGAAAUGUAUGAACGUAUUCUGAAUAAGCCUUUAACACUUCGCUCUGGUAUUUCUGAAAGUGCAAGAGAUCUUUUAUGCCAGCUAUUAGAGAAGGAUCCGAGAAUGCGUCUAGGAUAUGCAGAAGGAGAUCUAGAGACACUGAAGAUGCAUUCAUUUUUCAUGCCUAUCAACUGGGAAGACCUUUACAAUAAAAAGAUUCGCCCGCCUUUUAAUCCCAAUGUGCAUGAAGUAUUUGAUCUUCGUCACAUUGACCCAGAAUUUACAAGAGAAGCAGUUUCUAGUUCAGUUGCCCGUUCACAUUCAACGACAAGCAUAUUAACUGCAAGUGUACGUGAAGCAGAUGAUAUUUUUGCUGGGUUUUCUUAUGCAGCUCCAAUGGAUUUGUAAGAGUGAAAAUUGAUUAGAAAACUUAAAAACAAACUGUCAUAUGAUAUGAAAAACAAACUUUCCUUUUUACUACAUUAGGAUUUCUGUUACUGAGCCCUGUGCUCCUCAAACAAACUAUGUAUUAGCCUGCUUAAAUUUCAUCUGUAUUAUUGUUUGGCUGGCGUUAAAUAGUUUUGUAUUGGGUGCACCCAUUUAUAUCUUCUUUUUUUUGCAUAUUUUACGCAGACUACCGUAUUCACAAGCAUUUUUCUAAUUUGUUAUAUAAUCUUCCUAUCUGCCUUAUCCUGCCUUUUUGUCAGUAUUGUAUUGUAUACUUUUCAACUAUUAUGUUUAGAUUCUAGUCGUAACAUACCACAUGCUUUUAUUUUUAUUAGUGACUCUUUAUUAGAGUGCUUCCAGUUUUUGCAUGAAAGUAAUUCACGUUACUGACAUGCGUAGGUAUAUUUUUCCAGCUGUGUUACAUCAAGUUUUACAUCUCAUCUGGUAUGUAUUUUGUUAUACUUGAUCAUGUUGGGGUUAGUCUUAAUUUUUGCUCUUCAAUUGUGCAUUUACCUUAGCUUUUGAUAAGUACUACAUUUGCCAUUCAAGUGGCAUUGUGGUUAAUCCAUGUUUGGGGAUGGGGGCUCCUAACUACAGUGUUAUCCCUGCCUGUGAUAAUGUGUAAUUGAAUGCAGGAUGUUCUGUGUUCUUAUCCUUUUAGCAUUUUUUUUUCUAAUGCUGAAGUGUAAAUUCCCAAAGACUUAAGCAGGACAAUAUUCAAUUGUGCCACAAUCUUAAAUAAUUCUGCUUUCCAUAUACUGCAGAUCGCACUCCUUAGAAAAUUGUAAUUAUCUGGAAUGAUAUUCCACUACAAUGUAGAGAACCAGCACUUAGUCCUUCAAUACUCAUGUAUCAUCAUAAUAUACCUUGCCCACGAAGGCUAACACAAAGCUUUCACUAUUAGGCUAGACUAGAUAAAUCACAGUAUUUGAAUAGAUGAAUGGCACAUGCUAUCUGCCAAAUGGACAAGUUUUCAUCAGAGAUUAUUAUGCCAUAAGUUAAAUUUAAGCUCUAAUGGUGAUAUUAUUUGGUUUCUUUGCCUCUCAUUCCAUUUAUAAUUUUUAAAAAAAUCUUUGUGCCUUGAUCUCCUAAUUAUUAUUUGAGUGCCAAAAAAUAUUAUGCUGUGAUGUUUAUAACCCAUGUUGUUUAUGAAAGAUAUGUAAUCGUUUUUCAUUAAAAAGUUUAUCUACUCA